AUGGCCUACAGGAAUCAACGCAAAACUGUGUACAAGUUGUUCGAUAAUAAUUCAACAAAACAAGUUUUAUAUGUAAAUGUUGUUGAAUACGCUAAUGGACGAUUUCAAUUAAUCACAGAAAAAUAUUUUGAUAAUUUACAACUGAUUAUUGAAUACGAUGUUACUUAUGCUAAGCAUCAAAUUAUUUGUAAUCAUAUUGGUUGUUCACCAUGUAAGAUGUUCUUAUUAGCAGCACUCGUCUACAGCACCAUAUUUCCAUUAUACUUGUCAUAUACAUAUAUCGUAGAUUAUAAUGUUUCAUCAAAUCCUAGUAAAACCUAUCCAGUAUGGGAAGGUGCUAUAGUGAGAAUUAAAAGUGAAAGAACAAGUUUUUCGUGGAUUUAUAACAAUACCAUAUUGACAAAUAGAUCAAUAACAGAUUUGAGCAAACAUGAUGUUUACAACAAUAGUGGAUUGCCGACUUCCAAAGUAAAUGCAACAAAUAGAUUAUUAAUAUUAGAUGACAUUGAUAUGACAUUUAAUGGUUUAUAUUAUGGAUCAUUGAGUGUCAGUUAUCUUAAUUUGAUUUUGAUUAGUAUUCGAAUUGUUCGAUUCGAUAUUUUUGUACAAAAAGAUAUUUAUGGUAUUUGUCGAGGUUAUAUCAGAUUAGUUGAUCAUAUAUCGCCAAAUGGUUAUGAAAUUGUACGACGAUUAGACAGUUACGAUUUGGAUAUUAGUCAACAUCCAGUAUCUAAUUCAGAUUAUGAAAUUACAAACAGUCGAAUACAGGUUAAUCAAAAUCAAUGGCAGAUCACACAAAUAAAUGUUACUCAUACAGCUGAAAAUAUUGUUGGUUUCAAACAAACGACAAUAAGUAAACAAAUAGGUAUUUUUGUUGCAUGCUUCUAG